UCCCUUAAUUGCCGGUUAGUUUAUUGCCCAAGACUCGGAUUUGAAUUUCCGGAAACCGAAGCCCGCCGAUCCGUUUUGCAACCUUGAGCUCCAAGCCACCGGGGAGCGCAUAGCGUGUCUGCGAAAUUCAACCCAUUCGCAAAGAAGAAGAAGCAGAUAUGAAAUCUGGAUUUUUGUUCAACUAGGGUGUCUUCGAUCCAGCGAGAGGAGAGAGGGUCCUUCCCGAAUGGGUCGAUUUGGAUUGUUCAGAUUCCCGCCCAAAUCACUUCUUCAAUUGAAUAAGAUUAUUCAUCAGCUGCCGUCUUUCGGGGCGAAGAAUUUCGAUGCUGCUGGUUGCGGGUGGUGGGAUCGUUGUCCGAGCGUGCUGCGGUCGUCGUAUUAUACGGCCGGUAUGUGGAGUUAUACGACCAUGUUGGUCUGGAAAUCGUCCUGUGACAUUGAUGCACUUCGCUCUUCGGGGUUGUUCAAUCAAACGAUUGAUAGUUGUGUACGCCCUCAGAAGGUUCCAUAUUCGGAUGUUCUGGUGAUAAAACGAACUAUUCAUGGCACAGGCAUCCGUUUAAUGGCAGAGAAAAAUUUAUAUGAAAUCCUGGGUGUGUCUACUGAUGCAAAAAGGGAAGAAAUAAAAAAGGCUUACCAUGAUCUUGCCAAGAAGUACCAUCCAGAUAUCAGUAAAAACAAUGCAGCUUCAAAAAGAAAGUUUCAAGAAAUACGAGAUGCAUACGAGAUACUGAGCAAUGCAGAAAAGAGAAGACACUACGACACGGAAUUUAUCCAAAAUCAGCAGAAGGAAAAGAAUUUUCAAGGAGAUGAGAAUUUUGAAGGAGCUGGAUUUCGAUAUGGGUUUCAAUCACAUUUUUCUGAUGAUUUUCAGAGAAUCUUCGCUGAGAUAUUUGAAAGUGAUAUAGAAAGUGUGGCUGCUGAUAUACAGGUAGACCUGCCACUCUCAUUUGCUGAGGCUGCCAAAGGUUGCACCAAGCACAUAUCAUUUGGUGCCAAGGUCCCUUGUGACACUUGUAGAGGAAGUGGUCAUCCUGUUGGUUCCAAGCGAAGGGUGUGUCCAACUUGUAGAGGCAUUGGGAAGGUUACUAUCCCCCCAUUCAAAUCAACUUGCAGUACAUGUAAGGGAUUGGGGCACAUAAUAAAGGAAUCUUGUGCUGCAUGUGAUGGCACUGGCACUGUGGAAGGGGUGAAGGAUGUUGAGGUUGCCAUUCCUGCAGGUAUUGAUUCUGGAGAUACUAUACGUGUUCCAAGAGCUGGUAACAGUGGCAGGCGUGGCAUUCCUUCUGGAAAUUUGAUCAUUAAAAUCAAGGUUGCUAAGGAUCCUGUUUUCAUUCGAGAUGGUUCUGAUAUAUAUGUGGAUGCUCAAAUCAGCUUUACACAGGCCAUACUUGGUGGAAAGGUAGAAGUACCUACAUUGAAUGGGACCCACCAAAUAAAAAUACCAAAAGGAGUUCAGGCUGGGCAAGUCCUGGUUCUAAGGGGCCAAGGACUCCAAAAGCACGUUGGUUUUGUAGACCAUGGUGAUCAAUUAGUGAGAUUUCAGAUAAAGUUGCCCACGAGAUUAACUGAUCGUCAACGUGCCAUAAUGGAAGAAUUUGCUAAGGAGGAAAUACUUCAAGAGAGCAGCAUAUUUCUAAGUGGAAACUGGCUUGAUCAGAAGCUGUCUACUGGUUGAACUUACAGGUGGCAGAUGAUAGUGGAUUAUGUGACAGAAAACAAACUGCUACUUCAAGCUGCCUUUGCUUUGUUAAUUCUCUUCAUGCUGGUUACAUGAGGUGUUACGUAUGCAGUGCAAUCAGCAGCUGAACUUUGAACUACCAUUUUUCAUGGUAAUUCAUGUGAAUUUCUAGCACCGUGUGGCAGCACUGCUAAGAAUCACAUCAUUCGGUGGUGAAUCUUCCUUUAUGGACUGAAAGGUUGCCGGAAGGAUUCUCCUUUUGAACAUUUCGUAUGCUGAACUAGUUAACUACAGAGAGUUUAUCUGUAAACUAGGAAUUCUUGCAGCCCAGGUCCGCCUCAUGGCAGUUCAUCCAAUUGCAAGAACCAUGCUUUCUUCUCAUGUACAGAAAUUAUCUCGGCACUGAUCCACAGAAACGACUGGAGUUGAACAAGUCAACAGGUGUUUGUUCACUCCAUCACCCUUGUUCAUCAUGACCAGUUCCACUGAUUGCGUCCCAUGCAAAAUAAGAAAGGCUAUUUGACUCCACAAGGAGAACCGUUCUGAAGAUUUAUUUCAUGCUUCCACAGAGGAUGAUGGUACAAGAUCACUUUGCUGGCCAAGCAUCUCUUAUGCCUAAGGAGUUGGUGUUGACUUGUUUUAACUUUUGACUACAUAAUACGCAUUUGCCAAGCUAACUACUUGAUCCACUUUGUGGUGGAUGUACACAAAAAAUACUGUAAUUUUUCUUUCUAAGACAGUAUUGAGAUCUUGUAAGCAUCUGCAUAUCAUUGUGUCCUGGUUUGUGGAUGUGAACACUCUUCACUAUGUGGACGGUUCUCCUGUUGAAUUUUUUGCGGACUCAAGAUGGUGAUAAAUUUAAGAUUUCUUUCCAUCGGUUCA